AUGCCUGAGACUCACAUGCCUUUUGUACCUCUGCAGAUGGACAAUGACCAGGUGAAGCACUGGGAGAACUAUAGCACAGUGGAUGAGUUCAUUCUGCUGGGAUACCAGGAAUACCCCCUCCUCCUGUUUAUUGCCUUUCUGGCCACCUACCUGACCAUUCUACUGGGCAAUGGUCUGAUUGUGGUGGUGACAACUUUGGACCCUGCCUUACGUACCCCCAUGUACUUCUUCCUGCGAAACCUGUCAGGGUUGGAGAUGUGUUACACUUCAGUCACUCUUCCUAAGAUGAUGGUAAAUCUGGUCUCUGGAGAUAAUUCCAUUUCCCUGCCAGCCUGUGCUACACAGAUGUUCUUCAUGCUCUUUCUUGGUGGAACAGAAUGCUUCCUGCUGGCAGCCAUGGCCUAUGACCGCUAUCUGGCCAUUUGCCUGCCUCUUCGCUACAUGGCAAUCAUGAGCCACAGGGUGCGUGUGGGGAUGGUGGUCAUCUCCUUUGCCAUCAGCCUCCCUAUGCAGUUGUUGCAAAUUGGGCUCAUCUUCUCCUUGCCUUUCUGUGGACCCAAUGAGGUUGAUCACUUCUUCUGUGACAUCCCACAAGUGCUCAAAUUGGCAUGCGCUGACCUGUAUGCAAACGAAGUGGCUGUGUACACUGAGAACAUUUUAUUUGUGGUAGUCCCUUUUGUGCUCAUUGUGGCCUCCUAUGUACACAUUGCCAGAGCAAUACUGCGCAUGCCAUCAGGCACUGGCCGCCAAAAGACCUUUUCCACUUGCUCUUCCCACCUCACUGUAGUGUGUCUCUUCUAUGGCUCGGGGAUGCUGGUUUACUUGUGUCCACAGACCAGUGACUUUGUAAAGUUUUCCAAAUUCCUUUCCUUGCUCUAUACAGUUAUCAUUCCCCUUUGCAAUCCCCUUAUCUACACUCUGAGGAACAGGGAGGUAAAGGCUGCCUUUAGCAGACUGUUGGCCAAGAAACGGUCUUUGAAAGGGGGUACAGGGAGCAGCUGA